GCCCAAAGAAUAGCCCUAACUAUAAAAGGGACUCUCCGUCAAAAACCCUAAUUUUCAUCGUAUUCAUCCACACCGUCUCUGCUCUCCUAGGUGCUGAGCAACUGGUCGCCUGAAAAAUGCCGUUCAAGAGGUACGUGGAGAUUGGAAGAGUAGCCCUCGUCAACUACGGAAAGGAUUAUGGAAAGCUCGUUGUGAUCGUCGAUGUCAUCGAUCAAAACAGGGCUCUUGUUGAUUCUCCUGACAUGGUGAGGGGCCAAAUGAACUUCAAGAGGCUAACACUCACAGAUAUCAAGAUCGACAUCAACAGAGUUCCAAACAAGAAAACUCUCAUUGCUGCUUUGGAGGCUGCAGAUGUUAAGAACAAGUGGGAAAGCAGUUCAUGGGGAAGAAAGCUCAUUGUUCAAAAGAAGAGAGCAUCUCUUAAUGAUUUUGAUAGGUUCAAGAUUAUGUUGGCAAAGAUAAAGAAGGCUGGUGUUGUUAGGCAAGAACUAGCCAAGCUUAAGAAGGAGACUGCAUGAUCUUGUCAUUUGUGCUCAAGAUUUUGCUACAGUUUAUUUGAAUUGUUGUUGAGUUGACCAGUUUUGGAUUCUAGGUGCUUAUGUUUGACCUUUUACAAAUGAUUGUUAGAAACUUUUUCCAAUUCAAUUUUGAACUUCUAUAUUUGCUUCA